AUUGAAUCCAGAAGUCCCACCUCUCUCUCGCAAACACUUAAAAAAAAAACAGAGACAAAAACUUAAACACAGAAAAAUUACUCAAAGAAAUGGCAGAGGCUAAUGCGUAUGCAGCUCUCACCAAAGCUUUCUCAGGACUUGGUGUGGAUGAGAAUUUAUUCAUCUCAACAUUGGGGAAUUGGAAUCGGCAUCAGAGGGAAUCCUAUAGGGUAAGCACUCCAGGAUUUUUCAAAGAAGAUGAACGCCAAUUUCAGAGAUGGGAUGAUCAACAUAUUCUUCAGCUUCGCCAAGAAUUUUUGCGUCUUAAGGAUGCCGUUGUGUUGUACACAAUGCACCCAUGGGAAAGAGAUGCUCGCUUGUUUAAGGAGGCAUUAUUAUUGAAAGUACCUCAACUUAAGGUUUUAAUUGAGACUGCUUGUACUAGAUCUUCUGAAGAGCUUUUGGGUGCAAGAAGAGCCUAUCAUUCCCUCUUUGAACAUUCAAUAGAGGAAGACAUUGCCUUCCAUAUCCAAACUCCUGAAAGAAAGCUUCUAGUUGCUCUAGUGAGUUCCUACCGUUAUGAAGGGCCAAGAGUAAAUGACGAUCUUGCAAAAUCUGAGGCUAAGGUAUUUGUGAAUGCUCUAAAAGAUGCUAAGAAAAAUCUCAUUGAGGAUGAAGAGAUUGUGAGGAUCCUUUCACACAGAAGCAAGCUCCAUCUUAAGGUCCUCUAUAGCCACUACAAGGAAAUGACAGACAACUACCUAGACGAGGAUCUUGAUGGUUGCUUGAUCUUGAAACAAGUAGUUCAAUGCCUUUGUUCACCUCAAACAUACUUCAGCAAGAUUUUGAUCGAGUCCUUAAGAUUGGAUGUGGAUGAAUCUGCUAAAGACUCAGUCACCCGAGUCAUCGUUACAAGAGCAGACGAUGAUAUGAAGCAAAUCAAAGAAGAAUUUCACAGCAAAUAUGGAACUACCUUACCUGCAAAGAUCGAAGAAGUUGCCAAUGGAAGUUAUAAGAAUUUCUUGCUUACUAUAGUUGCAAAAUCUGAGUAAUUUGGGCCAGAUUUUCUAUGGGUGGGUGCAUGGUUCCAUGUUCUCAAAUUCUUGUUGAGUUGUUUCCCAGUUGCUUUAAUUUCUUUUGAAGUCCUUUGCUCAAUAUAUGUAUGAUUUCAAUGUUUCUAUAUAAAAUGAAGUCCUUUGUUCAA